AUGGAAACUAGAAGAGAGGAUGCUGAAAUUGAAGACAUUUCAAUAAUGUCACCUCCAUUAGUGGGUUCUAUGAAAAUUGAAGGGUGCAACAAUAAAGAGUUUAUGUCUCAUUCAUACUUUCACAACAACUGCUCUGAGAUUGAUAUUCAAAUUGAUGAUUCCAGUUUCAAUCAAAUUGGCCCUCUCCCCAUUUAUCUCAAGUUUGAAGAUGUAGAGUUUAAAGUGAGAAACAAUACACGAGCAGCUUCGAAAAACCCUGUGAAGAGAAUAGUAUCAAAGGUAAGUAGAGAAAAUAAGAAUAAUAAUGGGGAAGGUGAUGAUAAAUACAAGAAGAUUUUGAAGGGUAUAACAGGAAGCAUUGGACCUGGUGAAAUUCUAGCACUAAUGGGUCCUUCUGGGAGUGGCAAAACAACCUUGUUGAGAGUCAUAGGAGCAAGAUUACUUGACAAUGUAAAAGGAAAAAUCACCUACAACGAUGUUCGUUAUACGCCAGCUGUCAAGAGGAGGAUUGGAUUUGUGACACAAGAGGAUAUUCUUUUUCCACAAUUAACUGUUGAAGAAACAUUAGUUUUCUCCGCAUUAUUAAGGCUACCAACUAAUAUGAGCAAGCAGCAAAAAUAUGCAAAAGUGGACACCACUAUCAAGCAGCUAGGCCUUGAAAGAUGUCGCAACACAAAAAUAGGAGGGGGAUAUCUGAAAGGCAUAUCAGGAGGGGAAAGGAAGAGAACAAGCAUAGGUUAUGAAAUUCUUGUUGAUCCUUCAUUGCUACUGCUUGAUGAACCAACUUCAGGCCUUGAUUCCACCUCAGCAAACAAACUUCUUGUCACUCUUCAGGGGCUUGCCAAGGCAGGAAGGACCAUAAUUACAACAAUACAUCAGCCAUCAAGCAGAAUCUUUCACAUGUUUGACAAACUUCUUCUGAUAUCAGAAGGCUAUCCGGUUUACUAUGGUAAGGCCAGAGAAUCAAUGGACUACUUCUCUUCCUUGAGGUUCAUGCCGGAGAUACCGAUGAAUCCGGCCGAGUUCUUGCUCGACUUGGCUACCGGACAAGUCAACGAUAUAAGUUUUCCAGCCGAAGUUUUGCAAGAUCAACUAACUAAUGACCCUUCUAGAGCAGUUAUUAAUUAUCUAAAAGUAAAGUAUAAAGCUUUGUUGGAGCCAAAGGAAAAGGAAAACCAUGGAGCAGCAACAACAGCAGAGCAUCUUCAACAAGCAAUUCAAGUUAAGAAGGAGUGGACAUUGAGUUGGUUGGACCAAUUUGUGAUUCUUUCUAGGAGAACAUUCAGAGCAAGAUGCAAGGACUAUUUUGAUAAGUUAAGGCUAGUUCAAGCACUUGGCAUUGCACUCUUGUUGGGAUUACUUUGGUGGAAAUCCUCAACCAACACUGAGGCUCAACUCAGAGAUCAGGUUGGUUUAAUGUUCUAUAUAUGUAUAUUCUGGACAUCUACAUGCAUUUUUGGAGCAGUGUACGUGUUUCCAUUCGAAAAGAUAUACUUGAUAAAAGAAAGGAAAGCAGACAUGUAUAGAUUAAGCGUAUACUACGCAUGCAGCACGCUGUGUGACAUGGUGGCGCAUGUUUUCUAUCCCACUUUCUUCAUGAUCAUUGUCUAUUUCAUGGCCGGCUUCAAGAGGACCGUCGCCUGCUUCUUCUUGACUCUCUUCUCCGUUCUGUUAAUCGCCGUCACCAGUCAGGGCGCUGGAGAAUUGUUUGGAGCUGCAGUUAUGAGUAUUAAAAGAGCAGGCAUGGCUGCUUCUUUGGUGCUUAUGUUGUUCCUUCUUACUGGUGGCUACUAUGUCCAGCACAUACCAAAGUUCAUGCAGUGGUUGAAGUAUUUAUCCUACUUAUUCUACGGAUUCAGGCUUCUUCUAAAAGUGCAGUAUUCCGGAGACCAAUUAUAUGACUGUGAAAGUGAGGGAGGGUGCAGACCCUUGCAAAGUUCACCAACAUUUAGCACUGUUAACUUGAAAGGUGGCUUGAAAGAAGUUUGGGUUGUGCUAGCCAUGGCUAUGUGCUUCAGGUUCUUGGCUUACAUUUGCCUCCGCAGAAGAAUUGAUGCCUACAAAUAA